ACUCUCUAGCUCUCUGUCUCUGCCCUCUGCAUCUGAAAACCAAACCGGCCCGACCCCACUGCUGCCUCCAGCAUCAUCACAACACGUUCAAGAGCAAACACUCGCACUUUCAAGUUUCUAACUUCGAACAUCCAAAUUCAUGAUCUAAAUCUAAGACCAACGAUCAAUCUGGAGGGAGAAGAAGAAGAUGGCGACGGAGAGGCACGGUCAUCCGGCUUCCACUUCUCGUGAGGACGAUGCUCUGUUCCUAGACAUACUCCACGAAGCUCCUUUGUUCGGUCACCGCAAAUCCAGAUGUCUCGUCGGCGCUAUUCUCUACUCCCUUCUACUGGCAAGUUAUGCUGUUCUUGGUGCUGCGGCUCCCUAUGUCUUCCACUCUAUCAAGAAUUGGGUUCCUUCCCUGCUCUGCAGUUGUGAUGUUGUUCUUCUGAUCCUCACAGGCAUAUUCCAGCAAUAUUUUGUUUCUCAAGUCCAGAAAAUUCGGCUCCAGGGUUACUAUAGUUUCAGCCAGAAGUUGAAACAUAUUGUCCGCCUUCCAUUUGCUAUCACUGCUUAUGGAACUGGUUUGAUGGUGCUGGUCAUUGUAUGGGAUCCUCAAAUUAAAUUCCUUACAAUCCCUGCUUUACUGAGAGAUAUUGUGCAACUUACUGAGAACAUCCUGCCUUCACUGCAGAAUUAUCAUGUUGGCUGAAGCAGUAUGUGCUGCAUCCUUUAUGAGUGUUUAUAUCGGCUAUCUGCAUCAGUACAAUUCGAUAAACUCUCAGCCUGAUAUUUUGAAGUCGUUGUAUUCUCCACUUCAACAAUCAAGCCCUUUAGAAGGUUUGAGGUACCAAGAAGGUGGUAGACUUUCUGAUCAGCAAAUGGCCCUGUUGCAAUAUCAACGUGAGAAUCUACAUUUUUUGAGUGAAGAGGUUCUACGCUUGCAAGAAUGUUUAAGCAAAUAUGAGCAAUCUAGCGAUGGGAGCACACCUCAGGUUGACGUUGCACAUUUGUUGGGUGCUCGUGAACAGGAGUUAAGGACGCUCACUGCCGAGAUGAAUCAACUACAGUCUGAGCUAAAGCUUGCUCGGUCUGUGAUAGCUGAUCGGGAGUCCGAGUUCCAGAGGGUACGAGCUGCAAAUAAUCAGUACGUGGAAGAGAACGAGCGGCUGAGAGCUAUAUUAGGGGAAUGGAGCACUCGUGCUGCCAAGCUUGAGCGAGCUCUGGAGGCCGAGCGGAUAUCCAGCCUAGAAAUGCACAAGAAGCUAUCAUCCUCUCCCAGAAAUCAAUUGAAUCAGCAUGGUUUAUAACGUGCCCUAUUACUGAACGAACAAGUUACAAUCAUCCUCGUGUGAUGAACUCGAUGUGGUUUACGGAACUAAAAGCACUUGUACAUAGCCAAACAUUGUUAAUGCACUUUCAGAUAACCAUUUGUUUGUUCAAUGCAAAUACUCAUUACCAGAAGAGGAAGCCUCCCUCGAUAGGGUUACAACUUACAAGUUACAAAUAUCCUAAUAAAGUUUGAAACAUUAAAAUGUGGCUUUACAAUCGGGAAACAUUGUUCUCCUCACCCAAAAAUAGACAACCAA